CGAAACUCGACUCGCUCACUACGCACCGGAAGUUACUUUCCUUUAGACUUUCAACGUUGGUCGUGUUAGACAGACGAAUUUUAGUCAGUUCAAUUUAAAGAAAUGCCGCCAAAAAGGGGAAAGGUACAAAAGGAAGAGGUCCAAGUAUCUCUUGGACCACAACUCCGUGAAGGUGAAGUUGUUUUCGGCGUUGCUCACAUUUUUGCGAGCUUUAACGAUACUUUCGUUCAUGUAACCGAUCUUUCUGGAAGAGAAACUAUUGCAAGAGUUACUGGUGGAAUGAAAGUUAAAGCAGAUCGUGAUGAGGCAUCUCCAUAUGCUGCUAUGCUUGCUGCUCAGGAUGUAGCGGAGAAAUGCAAAUCCCUCGGGAUUACAGCACUUCACAUUAAAUUGAGAGCAACUGGAGGUAACAAAACAAAAACCCCUGGUCCAGGUGCACAAUCUGCCUUGCGUGCACUUGCACGUUCUAGUAUGAAAAUUGGCAGAAUUGAAGAUGUCACACCAAUUCCAUCUGACUCUACACGCAGAAAGGGUGGUCGUCGCGGAAGAAGGUUAUAAAUUAUGUUUCUAUGUGUGGUUAAUUGACUUUCAAAAAUAAAAAUUAAAAAAAUGUGCUGUGUUAUGUUUUUAUAUUCUUAUCUAUACACAUGGUAGUAAAAUUUUACAUAAUACACAAACUAUCUAAUAUUAAUCAGUAUCAAAUGCAAUGCUUGUAUACCACUCUUUUAAUACAUUUUUGUAUAAAUUUGUAAUGUAAGGAAUCCUGUAUUAAAAUCGUACAUCCUGAA